AUGGUGCACCCUGAUGUUUUCCCCAAACAAGUCAUUUCUUCGAAUGUCCAAGGUCUUAUUGUGAAGGAGGUAGAUGUUGACAACAAUUUUAAAAAUGAACAAGAGUUUAUUGGCAACAUUAAUCUUGUUGUGAAUCUUGUGAUUAAAUGGAUUCAUAUGGAGGUCUCAAAACUUGGAUUUGGUGUGGUUAUCAGAAGGUCCGAUAAUGUUUUAGAUAGAACAUGCGCUUUUGUGACAAUAACGUGCGAAAGAAGCAGAAAAUAUAGACAUUCUCUUCGAAAAUUUAAAAGAGACGACACUGGUUCAAGAAAAUGUGAGUGUUCCUUUAAGUUAGUCGGUCAUCCUAGUGUGUGUAGGCUCAUGUCGGAAGAGAAGGAACGCGUUGCUGACAUGACAUUGAAUAUGGUUCAAAUGAAAAAGAUACUUGCAAACGGAAAAGACCCGAAAAUAUAUCAAAUAUCAAGAAAGUCUAUAAUAUUCGAUACCAAACUAACAAGGCGCUUAGAGGGGAUAGAACUGAAAUGCAACAACUCUUGA